AAAAAGUUCAAUCAAAAUAAAUAAUUUGCUUUAUCGAGGAAUAUUCAAAAGUCCGGACGAAGUAAUACAGUGCAUUAUAGGUCUGUUCCUGUUCUCACAGAAAUCAAAAAGUCAAAGCGAAUUUCUUUUUUUGAAAAUAGUCAGAAAACUGUUUGUUGGCGAUUUGCGUUCCAGCAGAAUCUAAUGUUUGGAAUGUGAUAUGGACUGCUACCAUAGGCCCCACACAUUGAACCAAGAUUUAAUUUGAUUUUUGUGAUACAUAUAAGUAGAAUGGACAAUAUCUUAAGGAUGACUUUUAAGUAACCGAAGCUACUGUUUAGAGGCGAUGGAUCCGGGAAUACCUCAUGUACCUAUCACCACCUUAGCAGGUGUUGCUAGUCUUACGGAUUGUAAGGCAGCUUUGCCAGCUGAAUAUAGCAUUUUGAAAGUUUUGCCAGAAUUACCAUUACCUACACCAUCUCCGCAAACUAUAAGUAACAAGUCAUUACUUUUUCACCCAAGGGUGGCAGAGGAGGCACAAAAUUUACUUGGCCACAAUAAUGAGGGCCUUGUUCCACAACUAGUAGCUUCUUUAGAAAUAACAACAGCAGAUGACAUAGAAGUAAAAGAUAAUUAUGCAGGCGCUGAUUCUAGAUUGGAACAAAAAGAUGGAAUGCCACAUUUAUUGAAAGCUAUAAUCGAUUUAAAUCCUGAAGUAUUCAAUGGAAAAGGAUAUCAACACCCUUCACGCCAUCAACGACAAACUCAGCCAUCACAACAAUUUUUGAGACGACAAGAAUUAUUACAGGAAAGCCAAAGUUAUAGUUCACAAGCAACAAGUUCUGAGCCACAAUCUCAAAAUUCUCAAUACAGUGAAGCAGUCGCUUCUCAGGCAUCACCACUAGAGGCAAGCCAAUUACCUGAAACAUUUCAACCUACUUUAGAUGUCCCUGAACACAAGUUACCUGAACCCCAACCUAUUGAAGACUAUCCCCAAAUGAUCCCAGAGCCUUACAGUGCAAAUAAUAUUCCGACCUCAGUUAUACAACAUGCAGAACCUGUCAGAGAAACUGAAAACUCCCCUGAGAUGAGAGAAUUACCGCAGCUCAAUACAAGCCACAUAAUGGAAGUGGAUAUACCUACACCAGUUACUCCAUCCCCAGUUAUUUCUGAAGUUAUAUCUACAAUAGCUGAAACAGCAACAAACAUUCCGGGUUCAAAUUUAAUUAAUUCAGUACCUAGUGGAUCUAAUUAUGUGACUACCACCAGUGAAUUAAGACAAUUACGACGGCCUUCAACUAGAGGACAACCUAUACUUAGAAAUACCAUAACAGAAGAACCUCAACCGCUACUCAAUCCUACAUCCUUGAUAGCAUCCACAAAUUCCCAACUUUUAGACUUGGGUCCAUUGUCCGGAGGACAAAAGGAUUCCUGUAUGGCCGAACAGGAAAUUAACGCAUCUGCUUCCCAAAGUACAAAUACCAGAAGUAUAAAACAACCUGUUGUUCGAAUUGUAAGAAUCUCAGACAAUGACCAAUCAUUAAUACUAGAAAGCCUCCAGGACUUUGUGGAAACCAAACCCAAACUUGCCAAACAACUUGGAAUACAGUUGAAUAGACCUGAUUAUAAUGAAGAUUCGGACAUAGAGAAUAAAGAAAGAGGCACUAAACGUAAAGCCACCAAAAAAGCUUAUAGAGAAAGUGAUGAUGAAUACAAUCCACAGGAAGACUUGGAUGCUACUGAUACUUUUUCAGUACUUGUGGGUAAAAGACGAAAAGUAGCAACUAGGGAUGAAGCUGAACCAGAGUCUUUUGUUCUUAGUAAACCGAAACUAAGGAGGGUUGAGCGUAAAUUUGUUACAGUCCAACAAAAACUUUCUAACGAAGAACUUAUGGAAAGUAACACCUAUGUACGUUUCAAUAAGUCAGUGGAACAUGUCUUGAGAACAGCAGAAGAUAUUGAUUUUGCGGAAAUUGCCAAUGAUGAUAUGAUACAAGAUGAAUAUUUACUUAGUCGUUCUAUUAUGUCAGAUUUAUGUACUGAGGCAGCUAAGUUGAAAGUUCUUGGUGCCAUGGAAAUGAUACCUACAGAUAAACUAAUAAGAUUACUCACUAUAUUAGAACUAAAUAUUCGUGGCGGUGAUAGAAUAUCUCCCAUAACAGAUGAAGCUAAUGAAAGUGUACGGCAGUAUUGGCUAGAAACUACCAUGGAUAGAGUUUUGGGUGCUGCAGAUGCCUGUCUAAUCUGCUUGAAUAUUAUGACAUCUCCAAAUAUGUCAAAGAAAGUAUACCUUGAAGAAAUUAUGGACAGGGUAGUACUGUAUAUUAAAUAUCACUUGUCUAACACAAUAUUUCCAAGCUAUGAUUCUACUUAUAAACUGGACAACAAGAAAAAAGAUGGAAGGAAGAAGAAGAGCACGCCUGGUUCAGGCAAAGGCAUCGCUAUUUUAUAUACGAAAAUUUCAGAGCUUGUCAAUUUACUAUCAGAACUCUUAAAUAUUCAAAUUUUAACUGAUAUGUCUGUAUUGCAUGCUUCUUCCAUGGGUAUCAGUCCAUUUUUCGUUGAAAACGUUAGUGAACUACAAUUGGCUUGUCUAAAGCUAGUCACUCUGAUAUUUACAAAAUACGAAGCUCAUCGCAGACUACUUCUUGAUGAUAUUUUAGCGUCAAUAGCCCGUCUUCCUAGUACAAAACGUAGUUUAAGAACUUAUAGGCUAAAUAGUGAAGAACACAUUCAAAUGCUUACAGCUUUAGUGUUGCAACUAAUACAGUGUGUAGUUGCUCUAGAAAAAACGGAAAAAGGGAAAAGAGACAAGGAAAAAAGAGAAAAAGAAGCAAAUCAACAGAAGGUUGACGAUGACAUUCUAGUCUGUAAUAAGUUUGAGAAAGCCACGAUAACAGCCGGUACAUUCCUAAAGGUUUUUCUAAGCAAGUGUGGUAGCAAAACCCAAGAAAUCGAUUAUAGGCCAUUAUUUGAAAAUUUUGUACAAGAUUUACUCUGUACUGUAAAUAAACCCGAAUGGCCUGCUACUGAACUUUUACUUUGUUUAUUGGGCAAAAUGUUGAUGCAGAAUUUUGCUAACAAAGGAACUGAUAUGUCGCUCAGGGUAGCUAGUUUAGAUUACUUAGGAGUUGUAGCUGCGAGACUUCGAAGAGAUAGCGUGUUAUCAAGGUGCAAAUUGAAUUCUAUUGAUCAAAUGAUUAAAGAUAUUAGACAAGAAGAGAUGAAAGACAAUGAUGAAGUUCAGUCAAAGAAGAAAAAAAAGGAAAUGACAAAUGACGAACGAACUCAAUUUUUACAAAGAAUCCUGCUUGAUUUUUUGGCAGUGAAUUCCCAAAAUGAUGAAUCCUUGAAGUACGCUAGGCAUUUUUAUAUUGCUUGGUGGUAUAAGGAUUUAGUCAGUGAAAAAACCCAACUCAUUAAUGAUGAGAAAAAGCCCGCGAAUUAUGGCUCAAGAAAUGGAAAAGCGAAUAUAAGUGAUGAUGAAGAGGAUGACGAACCCAUAAAUAUUGAACAAGAGAAUGUCCAAAAAUUCCGAAUAAUAGAAGAAAAGAAAAAGCUGCUGUUAAGUAGAAUACCGCCUUUUCAAGAGGGCAUCUCGUCUUCAUCUGGAAAAAGAGUACAAGUAUAUCAAACAUACAUUGACUAUAACAGUGCGGAACUAGUUGCCCAGUUCCUUGCAUCCAAAAGAUACUUUUCCCAAAGUUUUGAUCAAUAUUUGAAAGCUAUAUUGAUAGUGCUCAAGGAAACUUCUAUAGCCAUAAGAACAAAAGCUAUGAAAUGUCUUACUAUGAUAGUAGAGGCAGAUCCAUCAGUUUUAGCAAGAAAUGAUAUGCAAAUGGGCGUAAAUCAGUCAAUUUUAGACCAGUCGACUUCAGUUAGAGAAGCAGCUGUUGAUUUAAUAGGAAAGUUUAUUUUAAGGCGACCAGAACUUAUCGACAAAUAUUACGAGAUCCUUUCUCCCCGCAUUUUAGAUACUGGUGUUAGUGUACGGAAACGCGUGAUUAAGAUUUUGAAAGAUAUCUGUAUAGAAUGCCCUGAUUUUCCAAAAAUACCUGAAAUUUGCGUAAAAAUGAUCAGAAGAAUAAAUGAUGAAGAGGGGAUUAAAAAGUUGGUCAUGGAAGUAUUUCAAAAUAUGUGGUUUACGCCUACAAAUAAUGCAAAUGCUUUGCUAAGGAAAGUAAUCCAUAUUACUGAUGUAGUUGCUUCGUCUUCAGAUUUGGAGUGGUUUGAACAACUACUUUUGAGUCUUUACAAACCUAAAGAAGAUAAGGAUGAUUCGACUAAAAUCAAUACAGAACCUUCAAAAGUUCUAUUAACAGCUUGUAAACAGAUAGUAGAUUGUUUAAUUGAAAAUAUACUUCGCUUAGAAGAACAAGAUACCUCUCGCAGCGGUCCUACAGAAAGGCUUUUGGCUUGUGUAUCAACUUUACUGUGUUUUGCCAAAAUCAGAGCUCAACUUCUUAUCAAACAUGCCAGUACCUUACAACCGUAUUUGGGCUUGAAAUGCAUUAAAGAUGGUGAUAAUGUAACUAAAAUUAUAAGUUGCGUAGCGAGAAUGUUAGAAUUAGUAGUGCCUUUGAUGGAACAUCCCAGUGAUUCAUUCUUAGCCCAAUUGGAAGAAGACACAAUAAAGUUGAUUUUUCAACAUAACAGGCCUAUUGUAAGCAGUUGUCUCAGUUGUUUGGGGUCUAUUAUAAAUAAGGUAACACACAAUUUCAAACUGAUCCAAGAUUGCUUUAAGAAGUUUAACACAAUAAUCGGGGAUUUCAAACUUAACCUAGAAACAUACAAUGUAGAAUACACAAACCAUUUGAAAUACAGGUUCCAGUUGCGCCGAGCUCUAUAUGUUGUUGGCUUACUGAUUCGACAUUUUGAUUUUACCAGAGCUGAAGUUCUUGGUGAUUUACCUACUGAUACUAAAGAUCAAGCAUUCAGAAAUAUGCUGUAUUUUCUUAAAGUAGAAGAUCCAGAUUUCCAAGAUAAUGCACUUAAAGCAAUUGGUCAAAUUUGUAUAAGACAUAACGAAUGUAUGUUAGAGCCAGAACUGAAAGAGUUCUAUCAUAGGAUGCUAACAAUCGAGAGUUCUCCAGUAUAUAUGAAAGUGGAUAUUCUAAUCAAUAUUAAAAAUUAUCUUACUGAAGAGGAAAACAGGAUGUUACAACAAGACUUUGAAUGGUCAAAGCGUGCGAAGCAAGAAAAUCUUAAAGAAAUGAAUGAUGUGUCAUCUGGAAUGGCCAGUACAGUAAUCCAACAAUACCUCCAAGAGAUCAUGAAAUGUUAUCUUCACCCUGGCUGGGAAGUACGACAACCUGCUUUGCAAGUUAUCCAGUUGGUUUGCGACCAAGGUUUAGUACAUCCUCUCCAGUUUAUCCCCUCCCUUAUAUGUAUGAGUACAGACACAGAAAAAUAUAUCUCUCAGAUUGCUGAUAAAACCUUAUCCGAUAUUGAUAAGAAAUAUCCAGGAUUUAUUUACUCGCAAGCACCAACAGGAAUUGAGAUGUCACAUAAAUUGCAAAAAAUUAUUCAGAACAACUCAGUAAUACGAGGAUUCAUUGUUAGGGAAAAUGGUGAAUAUCCAGUGUCAGUAAACGCAUCUUUGUAUGCACUUCUGAGAAAUUCCAGACAACAGAGACGUGCCUUAAUAAUGAAAAUUUUGAGACACUUUGAUGAACAAGCGCGUUCCAGUUUGCCCUACAUGUUGUAUUUGGCUGACAAUCUAGCAUAUUUUCCAUACCAAGUGCAAGAUGAAGCCCUGUUUAUUGUACAUCACAUUGAUUUGUCGGUAUCCAAUUCUGGAACAAACUUGUUGCAAUCUUUUAGAGAGGGAUUAAUACCUGAUCAAAACAAAAUAGUCGACAGUGAAAAUGCAGAGUUCCACAACGUUGUUUCAGCGUUAGAUGAAGACGAUGAUGAAGAAGCUUUAAGUGGACGGCUCCCCGAAAAUGUUAACCAUUUACAAGGCUGUCUAAUAGCAGCACAAGGUUGUCUUUUACUACUGAUGCUAAAACAGCAUAUCAAAGAUGUUUAUGGAUUGAGCGAUGGCAAAAUCCAAUUAUAUUCUCCCUCUGAAGCUGUGAAAGUGUAUGAAAAAGCAAUGCCAAGGAAAUCAAAUGCUCUCUUCAAUCCAAGGACAACACUGCAAAAAUUGAAAGCAGGUAUUCCUCCGGACUAUCUUGAUGAGAACGGCCGAAGAGAUUUAAUUCGACAAUAUUUAGACUUCAAGCAAUUGAUGCUUCAAUUGGAUCCUGCGGAUGAUGGUGACGAAGACAAAAGUAGCCGAACUUUGAUCAAUUUUGGAGGAAAUGCUGCCUUAAACACAGCUGUUUUGACUGAGGCGGACCAAGUUGUCCUCCAAAAUUACAAGGAUCAAUCUCCUCCCAAAGUGCCGAAAAUGGUGAUAUCCCAUAGACGAUUCGAAAGUGAAACGAAGCGGACUCCUCGAAGUCACAGGUCCUCUGAGAAGGGGAGAAAAAUACGGCAUAAAAAGAAGAGGAGGAAAAUUGCCAGUGAUAGUGAAAGUGACGAAAACGACUUUAGUGACCCAGACUUUUUGGUUUAGCAAAUACGGCAGGAACAAAUAACUGAACUGCAUAGUGAUUGCUUAGUUAAAAUUGGUUACUAAAUCGAGAAUAAUGUAAUAUCAACGGUAAUAUGCAUUCAAACGAAUACUCCCCAGUUGAUUCAAAUUAGACUAAUUAAUGCUUGCAGAGAGUAAUUCACAUUCAUAUUAUAAAUAUGAUAGAGAGAGAUAUAUUGUAUGUGAACCUCUCUGUGACCAUUUUAGGGUAUAUUUUCACUUUAUAUGCAUUUCUUUAUAUUUAUUCUUUAUAUUUAUGUGGGUGGAGCCCACAAAAACAUAUCUAGCCAAUAUCCUAGUCUCAAUUUCAAUAUUUCAGAACAAAUAUGACUUUUAUCAAUGCUACAAAUGAAGCAGUAAAACUAUCUUAAUCAGAGAAGUUCAUUCAUAUGGACAAACAGAUACUUGAACUGGCGUGUGGUCUCCAAAUUUUUGAACAGUAUCCCUAAAAACAUGCAACGGACUAUAAUUGAUCUUUCCACAAUUUAUUUGUCCACAAAGGCAAUAUUAUACUCGCUAUUUCUCUAAUUUUGAACUUGGAGAAUUGCAAAGUCUGGCAAUAUCGCAGUCGCUAUCGAAAGCAGCAAAUCGAUAACACUGGAAUCAAAUUUCAUUGAAAUCACUUGCUGAAGAUUAUUAACUAUAGUCAAACACAUAUUUAUUUUCUUGUUCCAAAAUUUAGAUUUUGUGACAUAUAUAGCACAAAAUUGCAUAACACCUUUUUGGUGGAUAGUUCGAUUAUUUACCAAAAAAUCAUGGGUCGCAUAUGUCCAUAAUCUAUAAUUUGGAUGAUGAUAUAAGUUCAACUCAGCCACUGAGCGUUCAACAGCUAACGUCGCAAUUACGUAAUAUUCAUGCUCCUAUUAAAACUAGUUGAACGCAGACAUCGAAAACAUGUUCCCUCACGCAUUUUAUAAACGUUUCUUCAAAAAAUACUUCUGGAAUAUUCCAAUUCAAUAAAAAUUCUAAAAAAAACAUAUAUCACUUGCCGUAAAUCACCUACACCAUUAUAUAAAAUGUUGACAAUUGACCAUAAGUAGAUCUAUUAGUUAAACCAAGAUAACAUGCUCAUUUACCAAUUUUUGUGAAGUAUUGUUUCAUCUAUCGGAAGAUUAAUUUCAUUAAUAAGAAUCCUAUACUUUAUUUUAAUUUUAUGACAAGUCACAGAUUGAUUUUUUUGAAACUCGAAGACGUCUUAAAGUAACACGUUGUGCUAUACUCAAGUGGCUUAGCGAUAUUUCUGUUAAUGAGACCAUACAAUCAUUUACAUAUAAUUGGUCCUUAUCCUAUUUUGAAACUUUCUGGCAUAUUAUUUUCUAGUCAAUAAUAAUUUUUCUCCUAUUCAAAAAUAGAUUCUGCUAAUAUUAAAUAAGAAUAUUAGAUUAGAAAGAUAUUAAUAACAUAUUUGUUCUAUGCUGUAUAGCCUUGCCCCCCUGUUACUCAUCAAUUAUCAACUGUAGUGUCUUUGAUAUUGUUCUACAGAAAUCGAAAUUUCCAGAAAUCUAUUUGAUGGAAACUUUUAUCCUAAAGUAUAGAAAUUAAAUACGUAUUUUCUGGAUACCUUUCGGUUUACCAAAACUGAAAGCACUCAAAUAUAAAAAAAUGCAUUAUAAAUUUGAAAAAAAAAAGAUAUAAUGUAGUCCAAGAAACGGAGAUCUGAAAAGAGGGGUUACCUCAACAUAAUUAGAAGUUGAAAUUUUUUUGGGGGGAUCGGUUCAUUUUAAUAUGCUAAACAACAUAUUAAGUUUGCGACCUUGUACUUCCAUAGGGUUUUCAGUUAGGGGUGGUUUUUAGGGGUAAUUUGCGGUUUAUGGAGAACGCUGCUCAAAGGGAUGGUUCAAUAGUAAAAAGUUUCAAAUGAAUGUUGUAGCUGAAGUUUUUUGCUAUAAAAAACUCAGCGACAGCACCCUUCUAUCUUCUAUAGUUUUUUUUCUGCAGCUUCUUGAAUAGUAGCAUGUUUUUGUUCAAGGUCACUGAAUCAACGUUUUGCCAUUUUACGCGCAUUUGUUGCAGCAGCGGCCGAAUGCAUAAUCCGAUUUCAAUUUUUCAAACACCACAUUAUUUCUAAUGAAAUGCACUCUCCAAUGCUUUUUUGUUCGAAUUUUUUGCUUGAAAAUUAAGCGAGCACGGACUUGUCUAAUGUGCGAGGAAGUUGUAAAUUGCAUCGAAAACUACCCCUUUCUUGCAUUCACUCUAAUUUCUAAACGGGGCCAAAUAUUUGGUGACAGUUUUCGACAAUCGGCAGCCCAUUUAUUCCUCUCAUAAUGCCCCAGCAGAUUUUUUUUUUCGUUAAUCACUUAAUGACUUAUUGGCCUGAAAACCUCGCGCGGGAUUUUUCAAAAAGUAAAAAAUAAUUAAAAUUGUCGCAUAGCGCAGAAAUUUGGUACGAUGGCCUUAUUUAUUGUUCUUACGAAUAUACUGCAAUUUUAAUUGCUUCACAUGAUAUAAAAUUGCAGUAUAAUCAUGAGAACAAUAAAUAAAGCCAUCGUACCAAAUUUCAGCGCUAUGCGACAAUUUUAAUUUUUUUUUACUUUUUGAAAAAUCGCGCGCGACGUUUUCAGGCCAAUAAGUCAUUAAGUGAUUAACGAAAAAAAAAAUCCGCUGGGGCAUCAUGAGAGGAAUAAAUGGGCUGCCGAUUGUCGAAAACUGUCACCAAAUAUUUGGCCCCGUUUAGAAAUUAGAGUGAAUGCAAGAAAGGGGUAGUUUUCGAUGCAAUUUACAACUUCCUCGCACAUUAGACAAGUCCGUGCUCGCUUAAUUUUCAAGCAAAAAAUUCGAACAAAAAAGCAUUGGAGAGUGCAUUUCAUUAGAAAUAAUGUGGUGUUUGAAAAAUUGAAAUCGGAUUAUGCAUUCGGCCGCUGCUGCAACAAAUGCGCGCAAAAUGGCAAAACGUUGAUUCAGUGACCUUGAACAAAAACAUGCUGCUAUUCAAGACGCUGCAGAAAAAAAACUAUAGAAGAUAGAGGGGUGCUGUCGCUGAGUUUUUUAUAGCAAAAAGCUUCAGCUACAAUAUUAAUUUGAAGCUUUUUGCUAUUGGACCAUCCUUUUGAGCAGCGUUCUCCAUAAACUGCAAAUUAACCCUAAAAACCACCCCUAACUGAAAACCCUAUGGAAGUACAAAGUCGCAAACUUAAUAUGUUAUUAAGCACAUGAAAAUGAACCGAUCCCCCGCAAAAAAUGUUAACUUCUAAUUAUGUUGAGGUAAACUUCCUUUAUUGCUUGGACUAAUGUACAUAAUAAUGUUUUCUUUGACUUUGACAGGUUUUAAUUUAUCUGUUCAGUGUUUUCAAUUUUCAGUAACCUGUGUCAAAUUUUGAUGUUAGGCUAUUGUAACGAUCUUCAUAAUUUAUUUAUUGCAAAUAUUUAGGUAUCUUUAUUUUAUUAUAACUUUAUAUGCAUGGGAUAUAUGUUGUUAAUUUGUUCUUCUUUAUAUCUUUUUUUUAUUAGUUUUCAAUUGCAAUGGCAUCCGCAUGAUAAUAAAUUUUAAAAUAUGUUAUUUGAAAUGAUUUAUUUAAAAAGUAUGUAUGGCAUAUUGCAAUUAAAAUAAUUUAUUUUUUUGAUAGGUUUAAUCCAUUUUUAGGUUUAUUAUAACAAAUUUCACCGAAACAAAUGUAGUUGAUUUUUCUCAAUAAACCCUGCUUAAGAGUGCGCUUCUCGAUGCUGAAAAAAUACACUCAUCAAAAAAGUCUAGGGAACAAGAAAUAUUCGUCUUUUAAUUUUUAGACAGAACAACUUUUUUUGAAAAGAUACCAUAUGGGUAUUUGUUGAACAAAUCUUGUAAAAUUUAUCAUAUCGGCUUUUCCAGCAGGCUUUAACAAAAUUUAAAAAUCUUUUAAAAGUAUAUUUUGUGCAAUUUAUAAAUGUAUUCAGUUGCAUCUUGUUCCCUAGACUAGACUAUGCUGUUUUAAUAAAAACAGUUGCAUAAACAAAUUCUUGAAAAAAGUUAUCGGUUGAAAUUUCCUAGAUGCAACUGUUUUUAAUAAAACAGCAUAGGCGCAAACGCGAUUUUCAGCAUCGAGAAGUGCACUCUUAAAUGAAAAAACAUACUUUCUAUUUUCAGGACACGAUUAUAAAAAAAAUCACAUUACAUACUUAUUUCCAUGUAAAAUAACUAUAUUUCAACCACGCACUAUUUUUUUUAAAUGACCUGGAAAUAUGGUUUCAAAUAUUUAUUGAUUUUUCCAUCAAUAAUUCUCAAUAUGCAUGCAGAAUCUUCUCUACGUUCAAGUUUAAUUCAACAUUAUAACUUGUAAGUGAUAAGGGAGUAUCUAUGUUAUAUUUGGAAGUUUUUGUUACUAUAUUAUUUGCUUCAGUUUCAAUAUACAUAAAGUUGAUGAUGACACGAAUUCAGAUUGUUAAUUUAUUGAUUGUAUUUGCUGAACCUGUGCCCUGAAGUAAUCUAUGGUUAUACAUCUCUCAUAGUUUUAUAAAAAAUGCAACACAUUUGCAAAGGAACUUAAUAGGUACUUUCUAUAUCACUUCCAAAUUAUUAUCCUUGUUUUCCAGUUGGUAGAAGCUAAGGAACCUUAAUCAAAAUAACUGUCCACUGUAAAGAAUUUUCCAAAAAAAUAAAAUAAACAAAUAUAUAGCAAUAGGAAAUGGUGCGACCCAACAAUUGCUUUAAAAAAAAAAAAAUUAUGAAGUUUUCAAAAACAAAACUACAUUUCGCAAUAUAGUGGGUACGUUAUAAGGUCUGUUUCUGCAGAAAUCACAAACCAGUCAGAGCGAAUUUCAUUGGUUGAAAACAGUCAGAAAACUAGUUUCAACCAAUGAAAUUUUCACUCUGACUGAUUUGUGAUUUUUUGCAGAAACAGACCUAUUAUCGUAGUAGUUUUAGUUUUUUUUUAGUUGGGUCUUAUUUGUGAUAAUUAAAAGUCAGUCUUCAAAAUGUUGCAAAAAACUAUGUACUUAUUUAAUUAUUGUCCAAAUUUGUAGCAGGUUACUCUCGUUCAUUUUGUAAUUAUUAUAAUUUUAAUAUUGUGAGCCGUUAGUGUUAUCUGCAACGUUGUUUGCGCUGACCAUGUGCGAUUAUUUUGUAAAAUUGAUAUUUAGCUAUGUACAUUCGGUCAAACAAACACACGUUGGAAAAGAGUUUUCCAUAUUGUAAAACACCCAAUUUGUAUCUAAAUAAAUUUAUAUUUCUAAUAAAAU